AUGGCCGACAUCAAAACGAAGACCGCGGCACAACUCAAGGCUGCAAAGGAGAAGGAACACCCUCCGCCUCCUCCAACAGAAGUCCCAGAGCCACCAAGCACCGAUCGACCCGAUGGAGCAACCUACCAGGUUGGUAAACUGCUGGGAAAGGGUGGGUUUGCUGUAUGCUACAGUGGUCAACUCCUCCCAACAAAGCAGCGAUUCGCCCUCAAGAUCGUCAAAAGCCAUAUGCCUCCCAAGAUGGAACAGAAGUUCCAAACCGAGCUCCAAAUUCACUCCAAGAUGAAGCACAAGAAUGUUGUCCAGUUCCUGCGAGCCUUUUCUUUCGAGAGGUGCACCUACCUAAUUCUCGAAUUGUGUCCCAAUGGUUCCUUAAUGGAUAUGGUGAAGCGAAGGAAAGGCCUCACCGAGCCCGAGGUCCGUUUCUACUCGGUCCAAAUCGCUGGUGCGAUUAAGUACAUGCACAGCAAAGGCAUUAUUCACCGAGAUUUGAAGAUGGGCAACAUCUUCCUCGAUUCCCAGAUGAACGCGAAGAUUGGUGAUUUUGGACUUGCCGCUCUUCUGGUGACAGGUAGAGAUAUGCAUACUAUCCGUCGAACCACCCUAUGCGGAACACCAAACUACAUUGCUCCUGAAAUUCUCGAGAAGGGAAAGAAGGGCCAUGACCACAUGGUCGACAUCUGGAGUCUGGGCAUCAUUAUGUUUGCCAUGUUCACAUCGAAACCCCCGUUCCAGUCUUCGACUACUGAUGAAAUCUACCGCCGAGCUCGAGAGAGGGACUACGAUUGGCCGUCCGCAGAGACAUCUCGAAAAUACAUCAGCCAGGAAGCUAAGGAGCUAGUUGCCAACAUGCUUCAAGACGCCGAAAGCCGACCGGAGCCGGAAGAGAUCAUUCAGCACCCCUUCUUCACCUGUGGCUAUAUGCCUACCGAAGCAGAGAUGACCCCCCGCCUGAGAGAGGUCCCACCGGAGCGUGAAGAAUUCUACGCCAGUCGCAUGAGCAGCUCACUUCAAGCGCAAUCGUACAGAAAUUUCAAGGACAUGUGCCGAGAAUGUGGCAUUGGCCCAUUUGCACCAGUGCAGGUUGUUCACACGCAGACCUGGAAGGAGAUGGCAGCCGAGGAGAAGGCUGGACUGACACCCCUGAUUCCUCUUGAGGAGGGCAUCGUGUACAGGCCAUUUGAAGAGUGGCUGAAGGAGCAGCAGCAGAUCAAGGCGAGAUAUACAGCGUCCGUGGCGGCCCAGGCAAGUAUAGCGACUGAGGAUCCUCUUUCUGCUAGUCAAAGGGCACCAGUAGGCUUAUUACGCCAGCCCCCGCAGAGCUUCGCCGCGCAACAAAGAAUGCAACAUAGGCCAGCCGGAUCCGUUCUGCCUACGAAGCCUCGCCCAGCGCCUGAGCCCACACUUUCGGCUUCUCAGAGCGUACGAACGAGGACACGAAGGGAACUGCCCCGAGAAGGUCCUCCAAGGGCAACUGUCGAGCCUGCAGGCAAAACUAUACGAACUUCCACUCGAUCUGCACCUCCGGUCAGGGCAGCUUCCCAGCAACCCCCAGAGCGUCAGCUGUCUGAUAGACCUACGCUUGACCGUCAAGGAUCUGCUCCGGCCACUACUGCUCCUCCCGCACCGGCUGCACCUCCCAAGAAAGACACGACCAACAUGCGUCCCGCAACAUUAUUCAGUUCCUCUGAAAGACAGUCCAGAAUCACGGGUACAAAGCCCGACAUGAUAUUGGACCGCUUACGCUCCCUUGACAAGGAACUGGAGCGAGCCCUCAACUCGAGAACGACUGCUAUUGUCAAGUCGAGCUCGGUGACACCGCCUCACCCCCAUGUAGUUGUUAAGUGGGUUGACUACACCAACAAGUUUGGUCUAGGAUACAUUUUGAACGAUGGUAGCGUGGGUUGCAUUCUUCGAGAUAUCCCAACCACGGAAAAUGGAAAGGCAGCUUUGCUUCCUCCCGCGGGAGUCUUCAUCCGUGGUGCAGAGAGGCACAUUGUUCGACGUGAGGAUGAGACCUACGGAGACAGAAGCCAACCUCUGCCCAUGACCGAGCCCAUCAAGUUCUUUGAGAACAAUGGUGAAUCUGGACUCGCCGAAGUGGUUGUUUCCCCUGAGCAGUUCCGCGUAUCUGUGAACGAGGAUGGGACUGCCGGCAAAAUGCAGCCUGGUAAGGAUAUCUUCCAGCAUCGAAAGCGUGAAAGAAUCAUCCUUUGGAAGAAGUUUGCCAACUACAUGAUCGCGUAUGGACGGGACGACGUUGCGCCUGUUGAAGAGACAGACCCAGCUGGUGCCAUAUCUCCAGGACAAAAAGGCACAGUGGCCGAAUUAGUUACCUUUUACCAGCGUUUCGGAGACGUUGGAUGCUGGGUCUUUUGCGACGGACACCUCCAAUUUAACUUUCCCGACCACACCAAGAUCGUUCUUGAUGCCCAAGGACAAUGGUGCCACUUCUGGCAUCUUCCUCAAGAUGCUGCAGAGAGACUUGCUGCAACCGGCACUAUUGGUGCCGCUGCUCUUGAUGAUAGGGCAAUGCUGUCGUAUCCUCUCCAAACAUUGUUGAACUUUCACGUUAAGCCUGCUGCACCACGUGCUAGUCGUUCAGCAAAAACCCCAGCGCGAACACGGCUCGAAAUUGCUCCCGAGCUGCAGGGCAUUCCGGCCGCAAACGAUUUCCGCAGGAAGAUUUCGUUUAUCAGGGAUGUGGUCAGGGAAUGGGUCACAAAUGGAGGCCUAGGCAACAGUCAGAUGAGUCGAGAGUCUCGUCUCCGCUGGGGUGGACACAGAGAAACCAUCAGCAGCCAUGCGCCGCAAAAGCAUGUCUGGGUUACGGUGGGAGCCCGAUGGGGUGACCAGCGAAUAUCAACCUAUGUCGACCCUCGCAAGCCUUGGGAGCUUGGCGAGGACGUUGAUCCAAACAAGAAGUGA